AUGUCUGUUUAUGUGGCUUCUACGACCGCUCCGGUCAACAUUGCGACUUUAAAGUACUGGGGGAAAAGGGACAAGAACCUCAAUCUACCUACCAACUCGUCUAUCUCGGUGACGUUGGCGCAGCAAGACUUGCGCACACUCACCUCCGUGGCCACGAGCGAGUCUUUCCCCGAAGAUAAGCUGUGGCUAAACGGCAAGGAGGAGUCGCUGCAAAGCGAGAGAACCCAACACUGCUUGCAAGACCUUCGUGAUCUGCGCAAGCAACUCGAGGCUGCAGACCCUUCUCUGCCCCGUUUCUCGCAAUGGAAGUUGCGCAUUGUCUCCGAAAACAAUUUCCCCACCGCAGCUGGUCUGGCGUCGUCCGCCGCCGGUUUCGCCGCUCUUGUCGUCGCAAUUGCCAAGUUGUACCAAUUGCCUCAAUCUUACUCGGACAUAUCGAAGAUUGCCAGAAAGGGCUCUGGCUCCGCGUGUAGAUCUCUCUUUGGUGGGUACGUGGCCUGGGAAAUGGGCUCCAACCCUGACGGAUCCGACUCCAAGGCUGUUGAAAUCGCCCCAAUGGAGCAUUGGCCACAAAUGAAAGCCGCCGUCCUCGUCGCCUGCGCCGAUAAGAAGGAUACCCCUUCCACCAGCGGUAUGCAGCAGACCGUGGCCACGUCCGACUUGUUCCAGGAGAGAAUCAAUGUCGUCGUACCCAAGCGUUUUGAGGAAAUGAAGCAGGCAAUUCUCAACAAAGAUUUCGCUCUUUUCGCAGAAUUGACGAUGAAGGACUCCAACUCUUUCCACGCCACUUGUUUAGACUCCUUCCCACCCAUCUUCUACAUGAACGACACCUCCAGGAAAAUUGUCAAGCUUUGUCACUUCAUCAACGCAUUCUAUGGCGAAACUAUUGUGGCCUACACCUAUGACGCUGGUCCAAACGCUGUUUUGUACUACUUGCAAGAGAAUGAGGAAAAGCUUUUCGCAUUCAUCUAUAAGGUGUUCCAGAACAACCAAGGGUGGGACAGCAAAUUCUCUGCCAAGGAAUUGGCUAAAUUUUCAGAGUACUUCUCGACCAAUGUCGAGCCUAAGCUCACCACGGUCUUGGACGAUGAGUUGCACAAAGGUGUCACUAGAGUUAUUUUGACCCAGGUCGGACCAGGUCCUCAGAACACUACUGAUUCUUUGAUCGAUCCAUCUACUGGAUUACCAAAAUAG